CCGAGCUCCAUGUAAUCAUGUUAGUUCAAAGUUUAAAGGUAAGAAGGAGGAAAAAUGGCAGCCGGCAAACUGAGGUGUUGGCAAUGAAUUGAAUGGCUUAUCCGCGAGUAUAUUUGGCUACCCACGCCCGUCUCUUUAAAAAAUUGGAAUGCGGCAUUGUGUGAAUUCCUGAUAUAUAAAAGGUUUUCGAUUUAAGAAAGACUGUAUGAUGGCACUGGUGUACGAGUUCGUCUGGCGGAUUUUGCAUGCCCUCCUGCAUCUACAACGAGUGCUCAUCUCCUGGUUCCGAAUCCGCCUGUGGAACUGGCGUCUCUGGAAGCGGGCUGUGGCGGCUCUGCUCGUGCCACUGGCUCUUGGUUUCCAGAACCAUAAAAAGCUAGGCUCGUCUGCGGGCAAGCGGGGUCUCCGUCGAGUACGGUGGGGAGCGGACGGGAAAUCUCUGGAGAAAUUACCGCUGCACGUAGGCUUGCUGAUAGUGGAAGAGGAACUGCACUACACAGACAUCGCCAACCUGGUCGUCUGGUGCAUGGCUGUGGGAAUCUCUUAUGUUAGUGUUUACGAUAAUCAAGGUCUCUUCAGAAGAAACAACUCCAGACUGAUGGACGAAAUUCUGAAGCAGCAACAGGAUCUUCUGGGUCUUGACAGCGCCAAGUACCCUGUCGAGUUUUUGAACAACAAAAGUGAAAAACUGGACCAUCAAGUGCUGUCAUGCCAGGCGGUGGUGAAGGCCUUGUCUCCUGACGACGGGAGACCCAGCAUCGUGAGGGCCGCCCAGGAGCUGUGCAAAGCCGUCGAGCAGAAGGAGAGGAGGUCCAAAGACAUAGACGUCCACACGCUGGACUCUCUACUCAGAGACUCUGCGCACAUACCGGACCCGGACCUCGUUCUGAAGUUCGGUGCAGUGGAGAGCACCUUGGGUUUCCUCCCGUGGCACAUUCGGCUAUCUGAGUUCAUCUCCCUGCCCUCGCACACGGACGUCUCGUACGAGGACUUUUUCAGCGUGCUGAAGCGCUACUCGGCCUGCGAGCAGCGGCAGGGGAAGUGAGCCCCUCUCCCCGCGUUCACCAGCGCCAGAAAACAAGCGGCAGCGACCUGCUGCGCCCCCCACCCUCCCCCCCCGAAACCCCUCCCACCGUGCCCCGCCCCCGUCCCCACCUAUGUGUAAUUUCAGCUCCUCAAACAGAACGCAAGCCAGGAACACGUGCCAUCUCCGCCCCCCUGCCAGAGCCAAGGUAACCACGCACACGGGGACCACCACCCGCUGGAGAGGUUCAGAGACUGAGGCGUCCAGGCCUGUGCCCGUUUAGAAAGGAGCGACCUGAGAUUACCUGGAAUGACUCUGUCAGAGACAUGGUGAAUACCCUUAACACGUUUUUUUGUGUCAGUUUGUAAUUUAAGCGUAUGGUAUUCAAAAGAUCAAAAAGUGAGAAUCCUAUUUAAAAAUGUCUCUGGACAUUACGGUUUGUCGGGGAACGGCAAUUAUCUGUCGCUUUAAAAAAACAACGCAUCUGUCUGUCUGUCUGUCUGUCUGGACGGACGGAGCACGCAAGCGCUGUGUAGAGAACCCCUAGGUAAUCCUCCGUGAUCUGUGAGUCGAUUCUGAAUGUGGAUAUUUUCAAACAUAGAAGUCAAAGGGGUUUUUUUUGUGUGAGUGUGGAAGAGAAUGAGAGCUGAUCUGUUAAUGGGUAUUCUGCAUGCAUUGGAUGUACUGGACAAUUACAUGGUUGUACGGUCAUUCGGAGUGAGAGUAAUGUUGUGUCUUAAUGUGUCUCUCUGUCACUGCGUGUGCAAGCGCCCAUCUCCCCCCGCCGCCAGCAAUCUACACUAAAUCUGCACUGAAUCCGGGGACUCUAAUCUAAAAUGCAUAAAAAUGGUUCCGUCCGUGACAUUUUCCCCAGUAAACCUGUCUGAAAUUAUUAGAAACGCUGAAGAAAUUUGCACAGACAGAAGAACUUAAUAUUAACAGAUGUCAAGUAGCGACUCCUGGUUUAUUUUCUUUCUUUUUUUUAACACACACCUUACUGGAGAGGCAAGUUACAGUACAUUUCCAAAUACAUAUGACUGUCUUAAGAUGAUUUCCUUCAGAUUUUCAUUUCGCAUCGCCCAGAGUUGUGUUGAAUAUCAUUUGUGUUUGAUUUGAAAAAGAAUUCCACUCAAGUAUUCCCUACUGUCUCGGGUUCAACGCUCCCAGCCAUUCAUUUCCAGUGUAGACACUAGUUAAGCAUGUGUCAGGAUGUCGUAUCGCUUGGCCUCUCCCACUGUCUGUAGAUGGCGAUCAGUAUGAACACCUAAUAAAUGCUACUGGUCUCUCUGCUGGCCAAGAACUGCUAAUUAGGUUUGGACGGAAUUUGUCUAUUGUCUUUUUCAUUUGGACAUUAUUGUUGCUUCUAUUUCUAUACCUACGGUGUAGAGUGGAAUUGGCUGUAUGCAGUUUUUUGUAUUAUCAGGAAACGCUAAAACAAUUGGGGACUGGGGAUUCCUGAAGAAGCGUGUUUUGUCUUGUGCUCUCAUUACCCAUCUGUUUUGCCGUUUUAUCAGUGGUAGCAUCUUUGACACCACAGCACUUAAUCCUGGUCUGGUAAUAAAAUGUAUGUUUUAUUGUGUUUUUUAGUACUUGAAAUCAGUUGCUACAGCGAAAGUUAAACUUUUUUUUUAAUGCCUAAGAAAUUUCUCAGACGACAUGCUUGAAAUGGCAGCAGCAUUUGGAGCUGUUAUUUAAAACAUUGAAAGGGCCUCCUAUUGCACAGGCUUAAUGCACCUAAGCCAACGGAAAAGGAGCGUUAAUGCACCAUAAUUAGCACAGAUCUGGAGGUGUGUAGCUUCACCUUCCCGCAUUUUCCUACCGGGAGCACCACAGUAAAGUAGUCCCUGUUAACGGGGGAUUUAUUUAUUGGAGGCGAUAAGAGCGUUUCCCCCGUUGUGCGACUGCGAAAUGUAACCGCAAAUUGCCGGAAUGGCUGUGCUGCAAAUUGCUUAAUUUGACUCUAAUUGAAAGUGUUGAUCUGCUAUUAAGACAUUUCCCCCCCUCGUAGUCCCGGUAAUUGUAACAGUUUACGACCAAAAAGUUUAGUUGAAGUAUUUUCAGUUCUCCACUUACCAAAACUCCUGUUCUGUUGGAAGGCAGCUAAAUUCCCGUGCGUAGUGGAUUUCUGGCUUUAAAUUAAUAUUGGGGCAUGGGGAGUCUUGGUGUUUUUAAGAAAUGCUGUUUGUGGUGCAAAAUGGGAACGUCCUGCUUGGGGUGGCUUUUAAUGAUUUUACACACAGCUUUCCUAACUGCUGCACUACCAUAGAAUGACAAAAAACUGCCUUGCAGUUUGUUUCUAUUGUACAUCCUGUAAGAACUUCUUCUCUCCCUUCUGGUGUUUCUUACAUGUAUUUCUCUCAUGUUAGAUGUAACAGUCAAAAUGCUGCCUGUAAUGACAUUGCUUUUUCAUACCUCAGAUGAGUGUCAUGAUUUUGUAACUGUGCUUCUGACUUGAGCGAGUCUUGUUUAAGCAUAUUGAUUUUGCUGCAGACCCCAAUCAUACCCGAUCAAUAACUGAAAUAGUGGCAGCACAGCUGUGAUUGAACUUACCGUAGAUUUGUGUUAUUCAUGGUAAUUCAAUGUCAUAGUAAUGCGCGAGACCAUAAAAUCUCAGUUGAUCUUGGAAUCGAUUUUUCCAGCGAAGAAGUUCUUUGAAUCUUCCACCAGGAAAGAUUUGUAUAAAAUAUGAGUACAAGGUUUUUGUCAGCUCUAAGCUCCUUAGAAAAUUUAUUAGCACUGAGCGUUUUGUCUGAUUUUGAAUAAACAUGGCAUUUAAACUCUGACAGUCAUGGUUACGACUGUGGAAGAUCAUCUCCAAUUCUGCUUUACAGUGCAUUCAGGUUAGGCUGGACGGAUCCCCACCUCCCCAAACACAUACAAGUGCUGCUCCACACACGCGCACACACACACACACACACAUGCAUAUGUGUGCAUGCGCCAACCAUUUUAGAAGAUGAUGGCAUAAUGGCUUUUCUCGAGGAAAAUGCAGCCAGGGGAUUUUUAGUUUUUUGCUGAUUUUAGAUUUCAGUCCCCUUCCUGUAAUGACAUAAUGUUGCCAGUUGUUUCUACUUGAAGCGAUUCCCUCCUGUGUCCGCUGUUUUCUCCAGCUGGUUUCUGCACACUUUCAAACGACAGGCUGUAGCUGACUUAACAAAUUUCAGAGCUAAAAUGUUCUUGUUGUAUCUAAAAAUAAGAAGACAACUAAAAUUUUAGAAGGUGCAAAAAAAAAAAAGGACAGCAGUUUUGCGAUUGGGGAUAUGUUUUUUGCUCUUGGCUUGGUUAGGUGAAAACAAAAAACAGUGAAGAUGCCAAAUAAAGGAAGCCCUCGAAUGCAUGCUGGGAAAUGUCCUUGGCAUCAUCAUAUGUGUAUGUGGGCUGAAUAAUCAGUCUCUUUUUAAAAAUUUGAUUCAUUUGAAAAGGAUCCAGAUUUUAUUUAUUAAUUUUCCUUAAAAGCUCGCCGAUUUGGAGUGUGCCGCAUUAUUCCAUUUACACUUUGUUGUCAGCGCACAAAGCGCAGAGACCUUUCGGCUCUUGAAAGGAGCUAGCAGCCACACACAGCCCCUCCUUCACGAUGUUAGCUGCGAGCUAAAACAUUCAUUGUAAAUAAAAUAAAGGAUGUAAACACAUUACGCAAA